AUGGGUCUGUUCAUAUAUUUCUUUCUAUCUAUCUAUCUAUCUAUUUAUCUAUCUAUCUAUCUAUCUAUCUAUCUAGCUCAGCUGUUUCUUAUCUAUCUAUCCAUCUAUUUCAAUCUAUCUAUCUAUCUUUCUAUCUAUCUAUCUAUCUAUCUAUCUAUCUUAGUCUGUUCAUAUCUUUCUUUCUUUCUUUCUUAUCUAUCUAUCUAUCUAUCUAUCUAUCUAUCUCUCUCUCUCUCUCUCUAUAUAUAUAUAUAUAUAUAUAUAUCCUAUCUAUCUAUCUAUCUAUCUAUCUUAGUCUGUUCAUAUCUUUCUUUCUAUCUAUCUAUCUAUCUAUCUAUCUAUCUAUCUCUCUCUCUAUAUAUAUAUAUAUAUGUUUGUCCAUAUCUAUUUAAGCCGAUUCAUAUCUAUCUAUACAUCUAUUUAAGCCUAUCUAUCUAUCUAUCUAUCUAUCAAUCAAUCUAUCUAUCUAUUUGUCUCUUCAUUUCUAUGUAUUUAUUUCAGCCGAUUCAUAUCUAUCUAUCUUUUCAGCCUAAUCCUAUCUAUUUAUUUCUCUCUCUCGAAGGACAACAGCACGUUCUUGUGUUUUCGUCCACGACCCAACUAUCGGACAAAUAUUUUCUGCCUACAAUACAUAUUAAAUUAAACAAUUUCUUUCGUCUCGCUUGUGGGCAAUUGCCGUAUAUUACUGGACAGUGGCCGAUACCUCAAUCCUUGACUGACCCCCGAUCCACAAAUGUAAUAUGA